AUAAAGGCGGGAGCUGAACCUCCGGUUCGCCACUCACACACACACCUCUUUCCUUGAGCACUCGCUAGGUGAGGCGCUCCCUAGGACAGGCUUGUUCCACUCAUGAAUCUGCACCAGCAGCAGAAUCAUUUUCUGGAAAUAGACAAGAAGAACUGCUGUGUGUUCCGGGAUGACUUCAUCGCCAAUGUGCUGCCACCGGUAUUGGGGCUGGAGUUUGUGUUCGGGCUUCUGGGCAAUGGCCUUGCCCUGUGGAUUUUCUGCUUCCAUCUCAAGUCCUGGAAAUCCAGCCGGAUCUUCUUGUUCAACUUGGCUGUGGCUGACUUUCUCCUGAUCAUCUGCCUGCCAUUCUUGACGGACAACUAUGUGAGGAAGUGGGACUGGAGGUUUGGGGACAUCCCUUGCCGGCUAAUGCUCUUCAUGCUGGCCAUGAACCGCCAGGGCAGCAUCAUCUUUCUCACGGUGGUGGCUGUGGACAGGUACUUCCGGGUGGUCCAUCCUCACCAUGCUCUGAACAAGAUCUCGAAUAGGACAGCGGCCCUCAUUUCCUGCCUCUUGUGGGGUGUCACCAUUGGCCUGACGGGUCACCUCCUAUACAAAAAAAUGCUGAUCAGGAAUAGAGAUGCAAAUUUGUGCAGCAGCUUUAGCAUCUGCCAUACCUUCAGGUGGCAUGAUGCUAUGUUCCUUCUGGAAUUCAUCCUGCCUUUGGGCAUCAUCCUAUUCUGCUCGGCCAGAAUCAUCUGGAGCCUGCGCCAACGACAAAUGGACAGACAUGCCAAGAUCAAGAGAGCCAUCAACUUCAUCAUGGUGGUGGCCAUCGUCUUCAUCAUCUGUUUCCUGCCCAGUGUGGCCGUGCGCAUACGCAUUUUCUGGCUCUUGCACACUACAGGUACGAAGAACUGUGACAUCUAUCGCUCGGUUGACCUGGCAUUUUUCAUCACCCUUAGCUUCACCUACAUGAACAGCAUGCUGGACCCUUUGGUAUACUACUUCUCCAGCCCCUCUUUCCCCAACUUCUUCUCUACCCUGAUCAACCGCUGCCUGAGGAAAAAGACACCACAAGAGUUGGAUAACAACCAGAGCACAAGCAUGGAGCUCACAGGUGAUCUGAAUACUACCAGGAGUGUGCCGGACAAUUUAUUGGCCAACUCCGGGGAGCCACGGAACCCAUCUUACCUGACCCCAGCUUCUCGCUAAAUAACCAAGCCAAGAAGAGAGCUUGUCACCAAGAACCAAGGUCUCUGGAUACACAGUUUGGCUGGGUGCACAGGAUACCAUCAUUAAACUUGGCCUGUGGUUUCCUGGAACUUCCAGAUUCAGAGAAUCAGAUUUGGAGAAGGGUAGUGGCAGAGUGGGCUGCCUGGUUGUGGAGCGUCACCAGAGGACCCUUGGGGGAACAGAGAGGAAAGCUUCUGAAACUUCUGCUCAAUUUCUGACCCUCGUGGAACUGAAGAUGGCAUAACUGUCCAUACUUUUGCUGAGUAGAGUUGGAGCCACGGAGACGCCCAUCAGCGCCUGUGAUUCACUGGCCUCUUUCCCUCACCUGCCUGAAACAGGGAUGGUUCUUGGCUCCUGGGGUGAUACCUAGCCUGUUGGUGGGCUCUAGAUGGAAUAAGAAAAGCUAAGUGGCUGGAGGAGAGUUAUUGCCCCGGGAGGGAGGCCAGGCGUCAUUAAACAAACCAGUAGUUCUCCCACAUUCCAUGGGACCAAUUAAUCUUCCAGCCACACUUCAGUAGAAAAGCACUAGGCAGACAGACUCACAAGCUUGGGUUAAUAUCUGAGUUUCCAGUAGUCAUAAGGGAGGGAUUAGCCACGGCAGGACUGAGCAAAACAGUCCUACUAAGAGAAAGGAAAGGUGUUUGUGCUGUGGCUAAUCCAUUCCUCUCCUGUUGACAAUAAUCGAAGGCUGAGCAGUUAGAGGCCUCAGAGAAGAUAACUCCUUCCCAUCUCUUGUUUUUGUCAUUAAAAGGGAAAUGCUGCCCAGUGGUAAAGAGAGAGAAGGUUCCUUCACAUUUGUUCGCUUGUUUCUGUCCUUAUAAGAAAUCUACCACUUCAAUAAAUUUUGAUAUGAGACACACA